AUGGAUUACUGGGCGCGCUCCGGUGACCGAAAUUCACUCGACAAUAUCGGUGUUGCGUACGAGGAGGGCGGCGCAAGUCCACUGCCAGACUUGAACACGACGGAGCGUGCGCGGCGGGUACACGUGGCGACACAUGAUGCGGUGCCCAUGCCGCUACCGUUACGCUACCACGAUCGCGAAUGGAGCAGUUUUACGGAAGACCUGACAACGACCGACACGACCGGAUUCACAAGCUCAUCACAGCAGAUCAGCGGGCUCAUGGUGCACCAACGCGAGGGUGACUUGCUCGGAUUCACGUUUAGUGGCGAGCCGGCGGAUGUGGUGUGCUUCCGCUCCUGCAUCUCAUACCACUCGCACCGAUCAGGCAAGGAAGUGAGUGUGCCGGAGCAGAACGGCCCGUUCGAUGCCGACGUGUUAUGCAUCAUACUUCUAUACGUCUCAUUUGAUAUGUGGGAGAUCCUGCAGGUGAGCCACACAUGCCGUUAUUGGCGCUUUUACGCGAACUACGCGCCGCAUUGGACGCGCUACCGCCGCCUCGACUGGGGGCGGCGCAUCAAGGACCUGCCGAAGUAUAUCCAAAAAGUGGUGGUGAAGCCGAAGAUCGUCACGCAGGAAGAGUACUUCCGUGAGCGUAGCAAAGUGCAGGCGGCGCAGCGGCGCGAGGAAUUGAUGGGGGCGGCGCGCCACGUGCGGUGGUGCAUCGCCAUCGCCGUUCUCAGUGCUGCCGCUUGCGCGUCCAACUUUGUCCUGUCGUACUUUUUAGGUUUUCUCCCUACUGUUCUGCGCAACGAUGAGGCACUCGGGGGGGUGACGUUCACGCUUAUGUUAGUGAUGGUGGUGCUGGAGGUCACCGUGGUGAUUGUCCCCCUUGGAGGUGCCGCCUCGCCCUCGGAGAAGCACAACAUGAUGCGCCUCCUCGCGUGGGGCCUCUUCCUGCUGGUGACCGGAUGUGUCUUCGGCACGAUAUCAGCGCUCGCCAUGGCGCGUGUGCAGAGCAAUGGUCACAUCAUCGGCGGCACAGUGCUGGACCUCACGAUGGACACCCAAUGCAGCGCCAUGGAGUUGCGCGGCCACCCGUCUUUCGCGCUCCUGCCGGCGGGACUCAGCGACCUACGCUGGCGCCAGCUCACAAUGGACAAUAACGAGACAACGUUCCUCCCGUACUGCUUAUCGCGUUCAAACGAGACAAUGUGUUAUGUACUUCUCUUCUUCGAUGCGCAGUACGAUUCAGCCGUUUUUAACAACGCAAGCGCGCUGGUCACAAAGGACAUCGGCACGCGCACGGCACUCGGCUUCGACCCAUUCGGAAACAGCACUGGGGCGUGGUGCUCUGUGCUUGGUCGGCCACAGGUCGUCGCACUUGCGGAAUCUGUCUACAAGCGUGUCAAGGCAGAGCGCGAUCGUCUGUUCCCUGACGACGUGUACCUUAACGCAGACCUCCGCCCAAAGCAAACAGGCACCUUUAGUUAUCUCUGCAGCGUAAGUUAUGCACGCGUUGCGACAGAAGAGCAGCCGGGAUCGUCACGAGUAUGGUACGAAGACGGUCAGCCAUGGCAAAGACAUUAUAUUCCACUGACUACCAACAUGAUUGGCUCACGCCAGACGUUCCAGGAUGAACAUGAUCACUACCUGCGCUACGCCUCUGUCUGCUACAUCAUUGCCUCCGUCUUAUGGGGCGUGAUGUUGGUCAUGCAGUGUCUGACGCGGGAGCAGGCACUCAUGGUGCUUGGUAUGACGACUACCGUCGUCAUUGUAAUGAUGAAUCCUGUGGUUCUAAUACUCUCGGGUAUACUCUGUGUGAAGCUCCCAGAUCACUUCUUUAUGUGUAGCGAGGCAUCGGGAGGGGCAAUGAUAGGCGGAGGCAUUUACAUCACCAUCACCCUUGUAGCCAUCUACGUGUGUUUCAACUGA